AUGGGCAACCUUAGCAUGUUUCCACCAGAGAUUAUCUUCAAUAUCCUAGACGAACUUCUGGGGAGCUCUCCUAGGUUGACACAUGGGAGCUUUCAUGCCAUUAACCAGCUGAUGAAAACUAACAAGAUACUAGAACAAUACAUCAAACUCGGAUGGAUGGGUAGUAAUGCGUCGAACAGUUUCAAGCAGCGCGUCAAUGCCGUCCAGUGGUACCCUAACAUCGAUAGUGCGAAUGCAGCUCUGGCCCUUCGGGGCGCAGACGGCAAUGGCAUCAUGCCCAUCGAAGGUCCCCGCGACCUAGGCCCCGAUCUCAUCACCGGUAUCAUUUUCGACGACUGCACCGAUUGCUUUGAGUGGUUCUCCGAGGUGCUGCCUCCUAUUCAUAUGAGCUGUUGCAACGAGGGCGGUUGGUCAUUCCUUUCUUUGGCACUAUACGCUAAAGCUGAGAACUUACUUGAUCGUUUCUUCCUCUCAGGCUUCCCUUACGAGUCUAAGGAUUUUAUCACUGGCAGUGCUAAUGCUAUGGGGACAGGACCGUCAAUCCUUGGGAUUUCUGCCUCAUCUAGGGAUCAUCAGUCUUUUGCCAAGCUCUUCAAGAAACUGAAGGAAGUCUUGAAUGGGCACGGCUUCCAGAGGACUCUUAGAGAUAAACUUACGGGUAAGGAGCGAGCGGCUAUCCGAAGUGUUGCUCCUCAGUAUCUCCAGAAGAUGUUGUAUGAAGCUGGUCUAGUUUCUAUGCAUCCGGCUCUUCGUUAUAGCCCAUACUACUCUGGUAGGCGCACCGAGAUGUACUAG